CGUCACAGUUUGGUUUAGACGUUCAAGAUGGACGCUGUACCUCGUCGAUAGGUUUCUGUUUCUUUUUCGUAAUGGACCUUAACUGCGUUGCUGGUUGCCCCAUGAAGACCGAGGGAUCUUUCUGGUUCAUGAGGAUUUCUCGCAUAUGAAACGAAAACCGUGGAUUUCAGUGGAUAUUUUGUGUUUCUACGCGUUUGGACAGUCGGGUUAUUUUUUUUUUAACUUCCUGGUUGUCGUAUGAUCAUGUGUGUCGAAACUGGGCGACGGAUCAAGUUACUUUGAAAAGGCUUUAUUGAAAACAGUGUACAUGGGGGUUUAAAAAAUCCGCUGUAAUGUAUAAAACAAGAGACAACAGUUUUCAACGAAGGGCAAAGGGAGAACGACUGAUUUCAUAACUGGUCAGCAAUGGAAAGUGCCAAUGGUGCCUCGAGCAAAGGUGUUUUAGUACCUGUGCCAGAAGCUUCUGACGUAUUUCAGAAGAGUAUUUUGGCCCCACUCAAAAGUGCGUACUUGUACGAAGAAUCUAAACAGUCUUUUGAAUACAAGUCCGCUUUCUUGUUGAAAAACCCUGAACUAGAAGAAAAGUAUAAUGACUUCCGAGCAAAAAGAAGAGCAGCAGGAUAUUCAGAAGAGGAUCUGAAGGAAUCCUACGGUUUUCUGCUCUUUGAUGAGGUCAACAAGGUAAUAACUUGAUACACGGUAGACCUGAGACAAUACAUGUUUCCAACAACUCU